AUGAAAGCGAUUGUUUCCUUGGCCAUUCUGGGGCUGGGUUCCCUGGUCUCAGGCUUUCCUGAUCGUAUGGGUGGAUCUGCUCAUACGAACUGCCCAUACGCCGCGCUGAAGGGGCGAGAAGAUCCAGAGCUGGGAAGGCGAUUCCUGUUUGACUCGAUGUCCAAGCCCAUUGAUGUGACCGGCGCACACGCGUUCCAGCCCCCGAAGGAAGGGGACCAACGGGGUCCUUGUCCUGCGUUGAAUGCACUGGCGAAUCACGGUUAUAUCCCUCGCAGCGGUGUUGUGUCGUUCGCGGAGGUUAUCGCCGCCAUCAACAAGGUGUAUGGAAUGGGAGUGGACCUGGCCACCAUCCUGGCUCUCAUGGGACUCGUGUGGACGGGCAAUCCGCUUGCUCUUGUCCCCAGUUUCUCCAUCGGAGGGCGCGAUCCCGGUGUCAACAAUCUGCUGAACAAUCUGGGGGGUCUCCUAGGUGAGCCCCAGGGCCUUAUUGGUUCGCACAACUUUAUUGAAGCCGAUUCCUCCAACACGCGGGACGAUCUGUAUGUCACUGGGAACAACUACGCGCUGAACAUGGACAAGUUCAUGGAAUGGUACAACAUGUCGACGGACGGGACUUUUGGCAUGGAUCUGAUGGCUGAACGGGCCAAAAUUCGCUUUGAGCAGAGCAUUCAGACGAACCCGGAAUUCUAUUACGGGCCAGUGACGGGUCUGAUUGCUCGGAAUGCUGGUUAUAUCUUCCCUGGACGAGUGUUCCGCAAUCAUUCGCGCGAGAACCCCGAGGGUGUCUUGACCAAGGAGAUUGUUCGCAACUUUUACGGCAUCUAUGAAGAGGAAGGAAAUCUGACGUACCGCGAAGGAUGGGAAAGGAUCCCUGAGAAUUGGUACAAGACUCCGUUAGAUUAUGGCCUGGUGCAGCUCAAUAUUGACUUGGUGGACUGGGCAAUCAAAUAUCCAGAACUUGCAAGUAUCGGAGGGAAUACCGGCACGGUCAACAGCUUCACCGGGGUGAACUUCGGCGAUGUGACAGGAGGCGUCCUGAAUCUCACCACCCUCUUGGAGGGAAAUAAUCUGUUGUGCUUUGUCUUUGAAGUUCUCAGGUUUGCCAGUCCCAAUGCUUUGGCUGGACUUUACAAGACCCUGGCAGCCCCGUUGGACUUGAUCAACAAGAUCAUCGCCGUGCCACUUCUGGACAUGUCGUGUCCGGCGUUCAAAGACCUGCAGAUGGGCGGUAGGCCACUCUGGGAUGCCAUCAAGGACGAUUUCCCGGGUGCCAUGAAGAGCGGCGGUGCCCUGUGA